AGGAAAGAAAAAAAAAAUAAAAAUAUAAUAAAAAGUAAAAAGUCCACCAAGUAGGGGUCAGGAUGUAAUUCCCGUGGUGUAGCAUCCACAGUCCCACCAAAAGGCGCACGAAAACAAGUCCCACAUCUCCAGCACCGCCGCCAUGACGCCGUCAGCAACAUCGCUCGAGCACCACGCCGUGGAUCCACACAGCGAGCAGAGAAGCUCCGCCACGCAGAGCGCUGGUGUGUCCCAAACCGCCUGCACAGCCGCAGGAGGUACACGAGGAGAGAUCCGGGGUGAAUUGGGAGAAGAGAUUUAUCUUGGGCUGGAGAUGGAGUUUGCAGGUAGAAGGAAAAGAGGAAGCCUGGCAGGCUGUCUGGUCGGGCCCGAGCUUGGCUUGGGAGGCUGCUGCUGCUUGUUUUUAGCUGAAAAAGUUCCUUAUUUUCCUGAAAAUUUUGGAGCAGCCCAGCAAAAACCUUACAGCAGUAGCCAACUUAUUCAUCAGCCAUUUUAAACCUUUGUCUUCAUCAGUGCGGCACAGGUUCUGCUCCAUACUGAUCACAUAAUGAGAUUCAAAAUGCUGAUAUACAUGUUGUGGCUUGUAGAUGACAAUUUGAGGAGCAUUUGCAAUGUUCAACAUCGUGUCCAUGUCCAGAGAAGAGUGUUUUAACUCAAAGAUUCUCCGUACAGACGAUCGUCUGAGGGCUGGCUGAGGAACUACCACUGCAGACAGAACCCGUCUGUGUUAAUGGUUGAAAUUUCGGGCAGGAGGAUCACGCGAUGGAGCGUUUCGUCAAAGAUUUUCAAAGACUCUCCGUACAGAAGAUGGCCUGAGGGCUGGCUGAGUCACUGCCUCCUACAUAUACAGUACAGAACCUGUCUGUGUUAAUAGUUAAAAGUUCAGGGAAGAGGAUCGCCACACCCAGAAGGGCUUGUACAAGUUGUGCUGGAGUUCACCAAUCGUUGAUUCAGGAGAACGGCUGAGGGCUGGCUGUAUCAGCAAGAAGUGUAUAUAUAUAUAUCCCCAGAGCCACUAUUUAAUAUCUGAAAUUUCGGAGAUGAAACACUUGACCUACUUCUGUGUCACUAACACCAUGCCUAAAAGAGGAAUGUUGUUAUACACACACAUUCCUAGCUACAGCCCUGGUUGCAGGUGGAUUAACAAAAUCUUGGAUUAGUAGACUCCAUUUUUGGAAGGAUUGAAAUUUUGUUGCUUGUCACUGGACUUUUACUACAGUUCAUUAAAUGCUGAUUGAAAAUAAAGACAUAACAUUACAUAAGGAGAUCUACUCGGUCAACAAUCAUUGCAUGUUGCCAGCGGAUUCUGUGUGCAGCUUUCAGGAGUUUCCAGUUUUCCACCAAUGCACUUCAGCAGUCAGUGUAGCUCGUUGGCUUUGGUGUGAUAUGGCUUUGGGGCAGAGCUGUGUUUGGCGGUGGCCCAUGGUGAAACUCUAUCUGAUGCUUGUCAUUAUCAAGCUCCAGUGCUCUAGUGUCUGAAGGGAGAACCUUCCUGCCUUCAUUCAUGAAGCAACUCCCAGACCAAAGCCUGUUUUUGGUGUAUCUUGCUUUCAAGGCAUGCUUUCACUCUAUUCUGGCAUUAAAGAAAGAAUUGUAGACGAUUGUAAGCUACAGCGGAAAAUUUUCAAACUCCAUGUUUUUAUUUGGAUAACAAAGCAGGUAAUGUAUUAAGCUUUUCCGUGUCAUUUAGAAUUAUACCUCUGUAACACACAUGAUGUGAUUAAGUUUUGGUCCUCAAAUGACUGGAGCUGACACUUAAAGUUUUAUUAUGUCCAUUAUAUAUAUUCUAUCAAAUGCAAGUAUUUGGGAUAUGACCUAAAUGUAUAGUGCAUGGGAUCACCAAGAGUGAAAUUAGGAAACAUUCUUCCUAUUGUAUUAUUAUAAUACAGCAGCACUACUAUUAUCGAAAUUUUUUUUACUUAAUUUUUUUUUAAACCUCAAAAUUGGAAUUCCAUCAGUAUGAUUUUUUUUUUUUCACAGAGAAUUGUACUCACUAAUAUCAGCACUUAUGCUGCUAGAUUAUUUAUUUAAUCUCGCACUGUUUAACUGUUCCCAUUAUUAUUAAAAAUGAAGUGACCCACAUUUAGGUCCUUGGCUGCUGAAAGGUAAAUGCAUAUGAAUAAACAAAUAGGGUUUAAAGUCUCAACUGUGCUUCCAAGGCCAUUAACCCUGCUUUAGUUUCCCCUCUAGUUUUCACACUCGAGUUUGCGACACCAUGGACAUGAAUGCUGUGAACGCACUCUCAUAUGAAGACUUUUUGGAAAUAUUUGGGAACGUGAUUGAGAAAUGUCCCAUGAUCCCAGCUGCCAUAUGGAUCCACCGUCCGUUCACAGGCCUAGCAGACAUCGAAGCUCACAUAUCCGACUUCAUCGACAGUCUACCUGAAUCAGGCAAGGAGGGGAUCCUCCGGUGCCACCCGGACCUUGCGGGCAGGGAGCUGCAGAGCGGGACGUUAACCCGGGACUCACAGGAGGAGCAGCACGCGGCUGGCUUCACUGACCUGCAGCCUGCAGAGGUGUCACACAUGCGCAGCCUCAACUCCGAGUACAAAGAACGCUUCGGCUUCCCUUUUGUCAUAUGCGCACAACUAAACAACAAACGGGAUAUAAUGCGCGAGCUGCUCCAGCGCCUCGGCAACGACCGCGUGGCGGAGAGAGUGCACGCUAUCGACGAGGUGAAAAAGAUCUGCGCACUGCGGCUGCGCAAGCUCGUGCUUCCUGACUCCCCAAACAAGCUCUGAGGUCACGUGCUGGGCGUCGUCUCUGCGUGAAAUGAUGACGUCAAAUGCUUAUCGAUUUUAAGUGUGAUGAGUUUGACAUUUACGGGAAAGGGAUGCAUAGGGCAAGUAGUGGACCAUACUGACGGAUCAAGUGUGGAUAAUGUUCCAAGAAAUGGUGUUUUGGUUUAAGUUGACAGUCAGGAAAGACCUCUUGAAAUCUAACUCUAUGCUCAGAGAUCUUAAAAUCAAGAUAUGCAAUAGAGUCCUCAGUAUGAACAGGACUGACAACAAGAUCAACAAAGUCCUUCAGUUCUGUUAAGAUCUGCCAAGCCGGCUCCUCACAUGGAACUCUCUGCCCAAUCAGUAAAGGCAAAAAAUCUGAUUAGACUCCAGUUCUCGUGGCCGUUUCCCCCAACAGUUUUUUUGGAUCCAAAACUGAGAGGCACAGGAUGAGGUCGAUUAGUUUUGUCAGACCAUUUAAAGUUGAAGGAUGAUAUUGCUUCAUUCAGUGUUAAUAAUGUGAAAUGCUUUUUUUCAUGAAUACAUUGAGGCAAAGUGCAAGCUCAAAAGGAACAAUUCCUUCAAAAAGAUCAUGAACGAUAUCUGGGGGAAACCCAGUGGUAACAUCAAAAUAAGACAGGUGCUUUGACAAAAUACAAGUUGAUUUCACGCCAUAACAAUUGGGCAAUUCAUUUUUUCAAGUAUUCUUAAAUGAUCUCCAUGAAUGUCUUUGGUUCUCAAAGUAAAGACUCCACUUCUAACUUC